AUGUAUCAACAUCAACAGCAAGAGGCAAAAGAUGGCGGUCACGAAUAUCCUGACCUUCUUCGUCUGUUAAAUCCGUCCCAACUGCCCCAUCCUGAAAGAUCGACUUCCACAGAAUGGGAGGCCAUUUUCCAACCAUAUCUCGCCGCCGCUCUGCAACACCAUGGGGAGUAUACUCAAUCAGUUAUUGAACAGCAUCUGGAAUUCUUCACAACCCAUGUCGUCCCCUGGAUGGGCCUCGGGCCAUCGCCCGAUCCUACUACCGGUGCUCUCGUUCCUCCAUAUCCCUCCUCCUUGACCAACGACCACACCCCCUUCGAGCUCAGCUGCUGCUGGAAGGGCAGUAAACAAAAUGGCCGGGCUGUCGUGCGCUACGUGAUCGAUGUGAUUCCGUCCACCGCUGAGAUCUCUCGCUUGGCUGCGCUUCGGGAAGCGCUUCAUGUCAUGCGCACCCUCGAGGACAUCUCCCAAAAACAGACUAGAAAUGAAGAGACAUUCUCGUUGUAUGCAUUCCCUUCCUUGUGGUGGCAGAUCACUAGGAAAAUGAUUGAAAACGAGCAACAGACACAUGUCCAGCCGUGCACUCGGUGUUCCCCUUCUGGCGUCUUCGUCGCCUUUGAUCUCGUCGCCAGUGCGGCGUUUGCCAAGGCAUAUUGGCUUUUUCCAGCAUGUCAAAAGACAUCAACUCUCCUCACAUCUGUUGAGGACACCCUCCGAGCAGCCGUGGAAACUGAACCGGCAAUGUUUCCCAUGUUGCUAGAGAAUUGGGACAUGGUUGCCGCGCAUAUGACGGCUAACCAAGACAUCCUCCAGCCACGGAUGCUGUCAAUUGACGCAACCAAGUACCCCGUUCCACGGGUGAAGGUUUAUGCUCGGCGAAUUUUUCUCACAUCCAACAAGUUCAGCGAAAUCGAGCCCCAUCUGAGCCUAGGCGGCCGUAUCCCCCUCCCAGAGCCCUUCCGCCAGGCAUGUGAACGGCUCUGGACCUCCUUGGUUGGGCCGGAGGAUUCUGUGCCGGGCAAGGGGCCCAAGUACAGCCUCGUGCUUUAUGACAUCCCCACCGGUGCGCCAGGGGAGGCACCGGAAAAGGAAGUGUCGGCAAAGUUGUACAUCAUGUGCCAGGAGAUCCCGCGUGUUGACUCGUUCAUCGCGCGGAAGCUAUAUCAUAACUGCCCUCUUUUACAGGAUUCAGAGUUGAUCAAGGAGCUUGCCGCUAGUUCGGAACCUACUGCUUUCAUAUGCGAAAUUGGUCUAGCCCCAGGAAAACACGACACUGAGGUCACUACCUAUUGCAGCCCUUGCUGGUGGUCGCGUAAAACAUGGAAGGACUGCGUGGAGGAGGACGGAAAAUUAAAGAAGGUUCGCCGGGUGAUAGCUCCCCGUUAA